CUCCACGCUCGUUCGGGGACUCGAGGUAGGCCACGACAAGCAAUCCCGCACCGAGCUGCCGUGCACGGAAGCCACGGCGAUGGGCGGCGGCGGCGGCGAAGACGACGCGCUGUACGCCCCGUGCCUGGUCACGCUGUAUCUGCUCAGCCCGGUCACCGUGUUCCUGCUCAGGUUCGUGUCGGCGCCGUACGGGAAGCUCUCCCGCCCGGGGUGGGGUCCCUCCGUGCCGGCGGCGCUCGCGUGGUUCCUCAUGGAGAGCCCCACCCUCUGGCUCCCGCCCUUUGUCCUCUCCGCCGCCGCCACCUCUUCAUCGACCCCGUCGACGCUGCGCGGCGCCGCCGCCCUCCUCCCGGCCGCUCUGUACGUGCUCCACUACGCGCACCGCGCGCUCGUCCACCCGCUCCGGCUCCUCCGCCUGCGCAGCGCCCCGGCGCCCGUGCCGAUCCUCGUCGCCGCGCUCGCCUUCGGCUUCAACCUCCUGAACGCCUACGUCCAGGCGCACUCCUGGGCGCUCCACGCCGCCACGACCGCCGGCGCCGUCGCCCGCCGCCUCGUCGGGCUGGCGCUCUUCGCGUGGGGGAUGCGGACCAAUAUCGCGGCGGACAAGGAGCUCCUGAGGCUCAAGGAGGCCGGGAAAGGGUACCAGAUUCCCCGCGGCGGGCUGUUCGACGUGAUCACCUGCCCCAACUACUUCGGCGAGGCCGUGGAGUGGCUCGGCUACGCCCUGGUGGCGUGGACGCCUGCAGCCUGGGGCUUCUUCCUCUACGCCUGCGCCAACCUCGGGCCGAGGGCCAGGGAUCACCGCCGGUGGUACGUCGGCAAGUUCGGCGACAAGUACCCGGCGUCACGCAAGGCAUUCGUCCCGUACGUCUACUAGCCGCUUUCACCCAUCGCCCUGUGUUACUGUACGUACAAUCUCGAGAGACACUGUUGCGAAGUUACUCUCCUUGAUUGAACAACUUGUAUUCGCACCG